AUGGAACAUGGACAAUCUAGCGUUGACAUGUUUGAGAAAUUUACAUGGAAGAUCGAAAACUUCUCUCGUUUGAAGGAAGAUGAGGUUUACUCCGAGCCUUUUGUCUUAGGUGGUUAUCCAUGGAGGAUUAGUCUGUUUCCAAAAGGGCACGAAGUAGAAAACUCCUUAUCAAUUUUUCUAGAGGCUAUGCAAACUGCCAAUAUGUCGGAGGGAUGGAAGAGACAUGUCAAAUAUAAGCUACUUCUAUUCGAUCAGCUCAAUGCCAACAUGACAAUCUGUCGAGGUAAAUUCAAUGCAACUCGGAAAGCCAUGGGCUUCCGAACUUUCCUUCCUUUAGAUGAGCUUCAUGAUCCUGUAAAGGGGUUUAUUGUGAAAGAUACGUGUAUUGUUGGUUUAGAAGUUUGUGUUUGCAAGUCAAGCCAAGAGAAGCGAGUUAAUCAAACUGCAUCCCUAAUAUUUGAAUGCACAAAUAUUGAAAGACUUUCAACUGUUUCUAUAGAAUCUUCAAAACAUGAUGACGAAGAUUUGGUAUCUCAUGCGUUGGGAAAAGUUUUGUAUUUUUUAAAGACUAAAAAAGUGAAAGAUUUGAAUGAACAAGCUUGUAAGAAACUUGAAGAUUUGUGGGAUGUACUUGAGAAAUUUAAAUUUGAUGUUACGUGGUUAGAGCCUUAUUUUCAAUCUGCCAUGGGAAUGAAAAGUUUGGUGGAAAAAGCUAAGCAAGUAGAAAAACUCAAGGAUACUAUGAUAGCUGUAGAGCUGGAAGCUGAGAAGAUAAAGAUAAAGUUGGCUGCUGCUGAGAUAAAUCUUGAGGUAGAAAGAGAGUUGUUGAAAGCAAAAGGUUUCAAAGAAAUUGAUUUAGAUUCUAAAUUGGAACGUGAGAGUUGGAAACCAUUGAACUAA